ACUAAAAGGCUCAAGCUUGAACUUCUUCAACCAGAUAGUUAAAUUGCUACCAUUCCAGUCUACCGCGUGGAAGCGGGAAGGAAACGAAGGGAAGAAAUGGCUCAAAGAACAAAUCAGUAGAUGCUCUAAUUACAAAUGGGAUCUUGGUUACGUUCCUUUUUCACUCCAGCCGUGAAUUGGGUCUCCGUUCAUAACCUCCAAAAAUACGUAUCAGAAUGACUCUUCAACCUGAUGACAUUCUUCAACAGACAAGUUAAAUGCAGUCAAAAAAGUAGGCACCUGAUACAUGUGAAGAAACAAUGAGCUAUGGGGCUAUUUUGAAUAGCUUCCUACCAGGCAUCCUGGCAAACGAGGAGGCAACAAAAAGGUCAUUGCAAGAUGCCACAUUACAAAAUGUUGAAGAAGUACAAAAAAUCAUAGGGUACCACUUUAAUGAUCAGAAUUUACUGUGGCAAGCUUUUACACACCCGUCGUAUGACAAGGACUGUAUAUCUUAUGAGCGGCUCGAGUAUGUGGGUGACUCGGUUCUUAACCUUAUGAUAACAAAACAACAGUUUUCCAAGUAUCCAAAUCUUCCACCUGGGUUGUUGUCACCUCUACGUGCAGCAAAUGUUGACACGGAGAAGCUUGCACGUGUUGCUGUUAAGCAUAGCUUCCACAAGUAUUUACGGCAUGGAAGGCCUAUCCUUACACGACGAAUUCAAUCAUUUAUAAAUGCUCUUCCAGAGUAUCCCUUGCAUUCUCAUGGAUUGAUAAAUGCUCCGAAGGUGCUUGCUGAUGUUGUUGAAUCAACAAUAGGAGCAGUAUUUAUUGAUAGCGAUUCCUCAAUUGACAUUACCUGGGAGGUAGCGAAGACUCUAUUAGAGCCCAUAAUUACACCGGAAAUGCUUCAAACAAAUCCAGUGAAGAAGCUCCAUGAGACCUGUCAGAAGCAUAAACUUAAAGUUCGGGUAGUCGAUAUGUGGUCACAUGAUGGGAGUUUUGAAGUUUUUAUUGACAAUCAACUAAGGGGAAAAGGCAUGUGCCAUGUAAAGAAAGAAAUUGCAUUGAACAGAGCAGCAAACAAGGCAUAUAAUGAAGUUAUUAAUAUGCUUAGUGUUGGCAAUAUGAAGAUAGCUAAUAGCUAAUAAUCUGGGCUUAGAAAUAGAACUAUUUCUCUCUAUUUUGUUCUUAUUGCUCAUCUACAACUUUGGGUUUCCAAAGUUGAAAUACAGACUCACCAAUGAGUUUUUGGUAAUGAAAGAAUAUUUGAAAUUUCUCUGUGGA